AUGGCACCAAGACCUCCUCCUCAACCUGUCGAUCGUGAUGUAUCUGAUAACACGAGGUUAUUGGAAUCCGUAAUAGAAGCGCUUCAACAGCAGAACGCUGCCUUGGUGCAGCAGAACACGACCGCUUUGCAGAGUUUGGAAGCCGCACGGGCAAACUCUGAAGCAACUCAAAGGCAGUUGAUGGAGAUCAUAACAACUACUAGGAAUACAGCUGGAGCGUCCACUUCUUCUGGAAAUCAUCAAACCGAAUGGAGCUUGGAGAGUUUUCUCCAACAUCACCUUGCCAAGUUCAAUGGGAAAUGCCUCCCUGAUGAAGCCGAUCAGUGGCUACGGGACAUGGAACGAAUCUAUAAUGCAAAGGGGUGUCCGGAUGACAAGAGGCUGGCCUUUACCGAGUAUUUGUUGACGGGAGAGGCUAGUCAUUGGUGGACGAGUAUGAAGAUGAUUCUGGCGGACACCCAGAGUCCCAUCUCAUGGGAAGUAUUCAGAAGCAAGUUUUACGGAGAAUACUUUCUAGACAGCGUUCGUUUUGCAAAGGAGGUGGAGUUUCUUAAGUUGGUGCAAGGUGGAAUGUCAGUGUCAGAGUACACCAACAAAUUCAAACACUUAGUGAGAUUUAACACUAUGGCGACCAGUGAGGAAUGGCAGUGUAGGAAGUUUGAAAAUGGACUGAGGAGCAAUUUGAAGCUGCUGAUAUCCAGCCUAUGUAUUAGGUCUUUUCCUGCCAUGGUUGAGAGAGCUAAAGUAUUGGAGAAGAACGUGGCAGAGGUGGAACAACAUAAGAAGCAACAACAACAGGCAAUAAGAGGACCCAUAUCUUCAAGGAACAAUACUAUUCCAAGGAGGACGCCUUAUGCUCGUCCAGCAUUGCCAUCAAAUUCUGGUGGGUCUCAGGUAGUGGUUGCUGUCGGACAGCCUGGACAACAAGGGACCGUGACAUGUUUUCAGUGUGGAGGACCACACUACCGUUCGUCGUGUCCUCAGCUGGUGGGAGGAAAGUUUUGCACUUGCUGUAGAAGAAAUGGUCAUCUAGAGAGCGAGUGCAACAUGGGAAGACGAGCGGUGAUGAGGCCACCGAACGCUAGAAGAGUUCAACAAGGAAGGGGUGGUCGAGCUCAAGCGGUCGGGCGCGUUUAUGCUAUAACGGGCGCUGAAGCAGCAAGUUCAGGUACACUCAUCACCGACACUUGUUUAUUAUAUGGAAUGCCUUGUUGUGCGUUGUUUAAUUGUUGCGAGAAGGAAGCUGUUUGA